AUGGAAGUCUAUGCUAGAGCCCUGGCAGCCUUUAUCGUGGGGUGGUUUGCUCUCUUCCACGGUCUUUUAAUUGCUGUUAAUGGCGAAUUUGAUUAUGCAGACGCGCUCACCAAAUCAAUAAUUUUCCUAGAGGCACAGAGAUCAGGAAAGCUGCCUCCCAACCAUAGACCCUCUUGGAGAGGAGAUUCUGCCCUUGAAGAUGGCAAACUUGCAAACGUGGACCUGGUAGGGGGGUACUAUGAUGCAGGUGAUAACGUGAAGUAUGGGCUUCCAAUGGCUUUCACAGUUACGACCCUUUCAUGGGCUGCUAUCUUUUAUGAAUCAGAGCUGAAAGCAGCUGGGGAGAUGGAAAAUGUCCGUGCUGCCAUUCGUUGGGGCACUGAUUACUUCAUAAAAGCCAGUUCUAGACGUGACCGUUUAUACGUGCAGGCAAACCCUCUUUCUCCUACGAUACGAACUUCUAAAAUUACAGCCCAAUCAAUUUCUUAUGUAAAAAAAGGUUGGACUUCGGGUAGGGAAGGGACGGAAUCAGGAAAUCAACAUGAGGUGGGAGACCCAGUACAAGAUCAUCAAUGUUGGGUGCGGCCAGAAAACAUGAAAACACCAAGAACUGUACUACAUAUUGACCAAAAUGCCCCUGGAACAGAGAUUGCAGCCGAAACAUCUGCAGCAAUGGCUGCUGCUUCUGUUGUCUUUAGAGACAUCGAUCAAGCUUAUGCUCGUCGUCUCCUCAACAAAGCCAAAUUG